AUGCAAGAAGGGGUUUAUUUUGUAAAUACUGCCCGUUUUUUGCUACUGGAUACGUUGGUGGAGGUAAAAACUCUGUGCCAUUGCAAAAGGCGGAAUGGCGAUUUGGAAGCACAUGCCAGUCACAUUUAUCACAGAAGAGCCGUAGAACAGUGGAAUGCAUUGCUCAAUACGUUCAAUAAACCUCACUUGGAGAUUUCAGAGCAAAUUUUGACUAGCUUACGCUCAUCACAAUAUUAUUCAGUACUUUUUGACGAGACAACAGAUGCUUCUCACUCAUCUCAGCUGAGCCUUACGUUACGAUACGUACUUAACGGUAAUAUCCGUGAGGAUUUGAUUAGUUUCGUUGAUGCGUUUGCAGAACUUGGUCAUACGAAUUUCGAAGAUGACUACCAGUCUGAUGAAGAAGAUUGGAAAGAAUCCAGGAAGCUAGUUAACACAGAAGAGAAGGUAGGUGGAACUUCCACAGCUAAGGAGUUAUCGUUAACUGGUAAGGCCAAUGGUAAAAUUGUCCUGUACCAGCCGAAGAAUAGGCUCAAACUUCCAUUGGAACGUCGUGUUGGCAUUGGAACGGACGGAUGUGCUGUUAUGCUUUCCGAAGUUCGAGGUGCUGUCACUGAAGUGCAGAAGGAGGCCAAGAUCGCUGUUAAGACACCGUGCUAUGGCCACAGAAUAGAUAACUCUAUAUCCCGUAGUUCCAAGGUGCCUGCUGCUCGGGACGCUACAUCAGUAAUGAAAGAGGUCAUUAAUUUCUUCAAGACACACCCUGAAAGAAAAAGUGUCUUACUGAACACCUUGGGUUGUGCACUCACAUCACUUUGUGAGACCCAGUGGGUAGAGAGGCAUGACAGUGUACUUCAGUUUUCAGCUGAUCUUGUAAAAAUUGUGGAGACUCUCGGAAAGAUUGCUGAGUGGCAUGACCCGAGUACAGCGGGUAAGACUGCUUCUCUAAUUGCAACACACGUCAAGAACACUAUCGCUAUUCUUGUCAGUCGUCGAGAAAAUUUGGUCAUUAGCUUCAGUAAUGUGUGGAAGCGCGCAGAGGAACUUGCGGACCAACUAGGCAUCGAGCUCAAUAUUCCUCGCAUACCUCGCCACGGUCGACGCCAAGUUUAUCGUGACAACCCUCAAACAAAUUCGGCAGAAGAAUAUUACAGAGUAACAGUCUAUGCUCCCCUACUGGACUUCAUUACAACUGAUUUACGAGAAAGAUUCUCUGCUGAAACUUUGGAUGUGUUCAACCUUUCUGUUUUCAGUGCAGAAAGUAUUGUGAAGAUCUCUGCAGGUGAAACUGAAAAAAUUGCAGAGUCCCUUACCAACCGCUUCGGUUCGUUGCUCGACGUGGGCAAAGGCAUUGCUUCUCUUAUGUUACGGGAAGAAAUGUUGUUGUGGCGAGAGAAACGGAAUCAAGAAAAGGUACGACAACAAGAACUUCCAACCAUCGCCCUUGACAUACUGGCUAGAUGUGAUAAGGAUGCAUAUCCUAUGAUACGUAAACUUUUAUUGGUCCUGGCAACGCUUCCAGUGACAACUGCAUCUGCUGAAAGAUCGUUUUCGUCGUUGCGGCGCCUGAAAACUUAUUUAAGAACAUCGAUGAAUGAAAACCUUGCUCUUGCACUUACGCAUAUUCAUUACCAGAUAUCUGUAGACGUAGAAAAAGUAAUUACAAGAUUUUCAAACAGUGGGCGUAGAAGGAGAUUAGAAUUUAAUAUUUAA